UCAGGCGACAGCCCGGAAGCAGCGGAAGCGGGUGCGUGGAGCGCGGCCCGGGGCGAGCGGGUCGGGGGCGCGGAGCCGCGGCGGCUGGGCCUCGGCGCACCCGCAUGCGGCGCCCUCGCUGACCCGCCAGCCCGCCGCUGCCGUCUCCCGCCCGCUCAUGGAGAAGGCCGGGCGAGGCGGCGACGACGGCCCCCGGGGGCCGGUGCUGCACAUCGUGGUGGUCGGCUUUCACCACAAGAAGGGCUGCCAGGUUGAAUUCUCUUACCCGCCCCUGAUUCCAGGAGAUGGACAUGACAGCCAGGCUCUGCCUGGCGAGUGGAGGUACUUGCCUUUCCUUGCUCUGCCAGAUGGCGCUCACAACUACCAAGAAGACACGGUAUUUUUUCACCUGCCACCCAAAAACGGAAGUGGAGCUACAGUGUAUGGAAUCUCUUGCUAUCGACAAAUUGAAGCGAAGGCACUGAAAGUACGACAAGCAGAUGUCACCAGGGAGACUGUUCAGAAAAGUGUCUGUGUCCUAAGUAAGCUGCCUCUCUAUGGCUUACUUCAAGCAAAACUGCAACUCAUCACACAUGCAUAUUUUGAAGAGAAGGAUUUUUCCCAAAUUUCCAUUCUAAAGGAACUUUAUGACCAUAUGAAUAGUUCCUUGGGAGGAACUUCAUUGGAAGGAUCCCAAGUCUACCUGGGUUUAUCUCCUCGGGAUCUAGUGCUUCAUUUUCGACACAAGGUCUUAAUUCUGUUUAAGCUAAUUCUUCUUGAAAAAAAGGUUCUCUUCUAUAUUUCUCCAGUGAAUAAGUUGGUGGGUGCCCUGAUGACUGUGUUAUCCCUUUUUCCAGGCAUGAUAGAACAUGGUCUCAGUGACUGUUCUCAAUACAAACCCCGGAAAAGUAUGUCUGAAGACCCUGGGCUUCAAGAAAGUAACCCCCCUGCCAUUGAUUUUGUGUCCGUAUCUGCUCCUGACAUGCCAGAUACCAACUCGGGCACUGUCAGCAAAAUGGUGACAGGAAACCGUGGAGGGCAUGCCGCCUUCAAGACUGAGGAGCCUUUGUUCCAAGAAGAAGAUGCCAGCAGCCAAGGACAGGAGCCCAAUGGCAGCAAUCAGUAUUUGAAACCUCCUUCUCACCCAUCUCCAGAAUCUUCAGAAAGUGACUGGGAGACCUUGGAUCCUAGUGUCCUAGAGGACCCCACCUGGAAAGAAAGAGAUCAGAUGGAGUCAGAAAAAACAAACUCGUUUCCCAAGAACUCAGUACCCUCAGUCAGUCCUCCGAUUACCGUACAGCCUCAGGCUAACACAGGCCACGUGGUCCUGAUCCCAGGGCUCAUUUCUGGCUUGGAAGAGGACCGGUAUGGCAUGCCCCUGGCUAUCUUCACAAAGGGCUACCUGUGUCUGCCUUACAUGGCGCUGCAGCAGCAUCACCUUCUCUCCGAUGUCACUGUCCGAGGAUUUGUUGCUGGAGCCACUAACGUCCUUUUUCGACAACAGAAACACCUCAGCGAUGCCAUCGUGGAAGUAGAAGAAGCCGUGGUCCAGAUCCACGACCCAGAACUCAGAAAGCUGCUUCACCCAACCACUGCAGACCUGAGGUUCGCAGACUACCUGGUGAGACACGUGACUGAGAACCGGGACGACGUCUUCCUAGACGGCACUGGCUGGGAGGGCGGCGACGAGUGGAUCCGAGCCCAGUUUGCAGUCUACAUCCAUGCGCUACUGGCCGCCACGCUGCAGCUAGAUAAUGAGAAGAUACUGUCAGACUAUGGCACAGCUUUUGUCACUGCCUGGAAGAACACACACAACUACAGGGUUUGGAAUAGCAACAAGCAUCCGGCUCUUGCAGAAAUCAAUCCAAACCAUCCAUUUCAAGGCCAGUACUCAGUCUCAGACAUGAAGUUAAGAUUCUCACAUUCUGUUCAAAAUAGUGAACGUGGCAAAAAAAUUGGAAACGUCAUGGUCACAACCAGCCGGAAUGUUGUCCAAACAGGAAAAGCUGUUGGCCAGUCGGUUGGAGGAGCUUUCUCCAGUGCAAAGACCGUUAUGUCCUCGUGGCUGUCCACGUUCACCAGCUCCACCGCGCAGAGUCUCGCCGAACCGCCCGAUGGGAAGCCCUGAGCAGGGGUCCCGGAGGCCCCGUUGCUUUCUUAGGCUGAAGCGUUCCGGGCCUUGUGCUGCUCCCAGACUGUUCCUCACCGGCCACAGAUCCACAGCGGGGCUGCUGUGUGUGUUGAGCUGUUUACAUGGACGGCUGCCCUUUGUCUAAGUGACUGUCGGGAGAUGCUGAGAAGAUGAGUCCCAGCCUCAGUAGGAGGACACCGGCCUGGGGUUUGAAUUGACUGCUUUCAUUUGUCUGAGCCUGAUGAAAAUACACUGAACCUACUCAUGAAUUUUAAGUUCUGAUACUAUGUAUUCGUUUACUUGAGGAGCGUUUUUGCAAAUGUGAAUUUUGGUGGGGUUUUUUUUUUUGUUUUUUUUUUUGCUUUUUGAUUAUCCAGAUGGUCAUUGUAAUUUAUCUUUGCUGAAAUUAAGUUAUAUUACUGUUUUGACUCAAAAGUUGACCCUAAAAUGUGCUUAGAAGUUUAAGGGGGCAUAGAGUCCAACCCGUUGCUCUUACUUUUCUGAAGUUAUAUGAUAACUGUUCCUCUUUGUUGCUUUUCUACCCAUAAGACACAUUUACCGACUCAGACCCUCCAGAAAGGUGGAGGUCAGGAGUGGCGGCUGUGAGCUGGGAGUGUUUCGCUCCUGGUGAUCUGUUCUUGCCCAGCCCUUAAAGGUUUUUUUUUCAGGCCUCCAGAAUUGUCCGUGCUUUAUUCCUCUUCCUACUGCACGUGAGUGUGCAGAGACUGGCGGGUGGCCAUGGCAGUGUGGGGCAGCUGCAUGGCAAUGUGUGUCGGGGUCAAAACUUAUUCUGUCAAUCUCUUGCGGGUAUUUUUAAAUCCAGAGUUUGUGCCUUCUGUUUCUUCUUUUGAACAAAUCUUCCAUUGGCUGUUCACAGACCUGCUGGUUAUUUCUGAGUCUAACUCAUCAUGAAACCUUUUGAGGCGCUCGGCCUUCCCAACUCCCUGACUGAAACACUCUUCUAAAAGCAUUUUGAAAGAAAAGGAAGAUGUAGAUAUUAAACAAAAGCCUCAGCUUACAUUUGAAAGGCAAGAAGCAAGAGAAGAGAAGAACACUAUGGCCACGACACUGGCCAUGUUUCCUAAAGGACGUGGCUUUCAGUUCAGACCUGGCCACGAGUGUGCUGUCUGGCGCUCUGGACAGCAGUGCCUCACUCCUUGUCAUGCGCACUCUCACUUGCUUCUCUUCGUCUUUUUUUUUUUAAGAUUUGAUUUAUUUAUUCAUGAGAAAGAUAGGAGAGAGGGAACCAGACAUCACUCUGCUACAUGUGCUGCCGGAGAUCGAACUCAGGACCUCAUGCUUGAGAGUCUAGUGCCUUACCCACUGCGCCACUGCCCGGACCUCUCUCACUUGCUUUUCAAAGGGACCUGGGUGGGUGUUCUCAGGGAGCCCUGACAAGAGACAGGCUGCUUUUUUGGUAACAGGAUAUUUGAAAAAUACAUUGUGAAUACAAUCAGAAUAUGAUAUUAAGAAUAUUGGGAAACUUACAGGCCUGAUGAAGAAGGACACUGAUUGUAUUUUAUCUAUCCCAAGAAAACAGUUUAUAGGAAGUGUAGGAAUCAUUUGAAGACAUGAGAACCAGACAUGCAGACGUAAUGUAAGUAUCCUUCCAUCUUCAAUUCCAUGUGUCUAACACAAGUCUAGACAGAUCUGAAAACUUUGAACAUAGUAGUUCAAGAAUUCACUGAUGACAAAUCAAAGGGCUUAUUCUGAGAACUCUGUUGAUUCUACUACUAUUAGGAAAAGUUAACCUUCUCAGGAAAUCUUAUUUGAAGAGAGAAAAGUAACACCAACCAAACCUUAACAAGUAGUCGGUGUUGCCCUGGGACUAUAAAGAAUCCACUCAGCGUGUGGCUGCACGAGGCCAUGGCAUUUGGCCGGGGAGAGAGAGAGAGAGAGAGAGAGCACUAGUGUGCAGCUGUCAGCUCAGUGCUCGUCUGCUGAGAAGGCAGCCCGCAGCCCGCUGGCUCAGUGUAGUUUGUAACUUCAUGUACUUGGAGGAAACGCCCCCGUCUCACUGUUCAAAAGCACUCCAUCCACAUCUGAUGAAUACCACUGAGAUUUUUUAAAAAGGCACAUGAAAUUUAACUUUGUUUUAAUACCACUUGUCUCCCACUUUGCUGUAGACUUUAAUCAAACUUUGUAUGAAUGUUUCAAGUGAAGAGUUGAACUCUUUUUUUUUUUUUUUUUUUUUUCCCUGCAAGAAGGGUGCAUCGUUCCUGGAAGUACCAAUGCCAGGUUGAUGCAUGGAGUGAACGGAGCAAGCCCCUAUUUCAUCUCCUGAUUCCAAAACUCCAUUUAAUGUAUGGCCCUUGGAUAGAGGGUGUAUCAGAUAUGAAGGUGAUACAAGGGUUGAAGCGAAACUGUAACUGGAUUUCCAAACAAAGUGAGUGUCCGAAGACAAGGCUUCUCUCCUAGAAAUGUUCAGGAGACAGGCCACAUGUGUACUUGAGGUUUGGAGAGGGCUGGAGUUUUCAGGGAGUGUAGCCCGGGCCCCCCGCGGGAGCCAGUCUAAGUGAAGGCUGUGAGCCUGCCUGCUUUCUGCUGCGGCCCCUCUCCCUCCUGCACUGGCUCUGAGCCCCAGGAACCAGCACUGGAGCACUGUCCAUCUAUCACCAGUGAGGUUGGGUGUUUGGGUUUGUCGUGCUUGUUCCAGUGCUUUUGUGUCUAAAGCUGAGUAUUUGUAAGUAGGCCUGAAGGAGCUGGGGUCCGGUUAGCCUGUGUCGGGGUACCAGGCACACAGACUGCCUGAUAGGUUGGUGGUGGCUUCCCUGCCUUCUAGAAACUUGCAAGUACUGUUUGGAACAAGUUCCUGCCAUGCUUGAGUUUCCGCUAGGCUCUGAUCACAGUGACGAAAGUGAGGAAAAGAGUUAAGGCCAGGUGAAUAGGAAAAGUCUGUCAUGGUUAGGCGUAUCAUUGUUUGUUGUUUAAUAUAUCUUAAUGAGAGAAAAACAGACCAGAGCAUUGCUUAGCUCUGGUUUGUGAUGGUGUUAGGGAUGGAACUUGGGACCUCAGAGCCUCAGACAUGAAAAUCUUUUGCGUGACCAUUAUGCUGUCUCCCUACCCUGUGUGUCAUUCUUUGCACGUGUAUUUGGCCCACAUAGCCAGGAUGUACAGCUGGCCCCCAAUCUGUUAGUGUCCAACUACCUCCCCAUCCCUAAAAUAAUUCUUAUCUAACUUUUGCUUUAAGGACAUCAGUGGUAUUCUUGGGCAGCAAACCAGAGCACUUGCUUUCUGAUUUCUGUAUUAAGCAUCAAUGUUUAUCUGUGUACACGGUGUACUUUGGGAAGGCAAGGAGAGAAGGGAAAGAAGUAAAAAGUCACUUAAAAAAAAGUACUUGAAAUCUGAAUGAAAAAAUUAUUUUAAGAGCAGUAUUUAAUAUGCUAGAUUCCAAGAAUCCUUUUUAAAAGAAAUCACACUUACUUUGCUCAUCCAGAUUUUUUUUUAAUUUGAUACUGUCUUCUUUUUUCAUCAUUAUUUAUUUAUAAAAAGGAAACACUGACAAAACCAUAUCCAUAUUUUUAAGUGAAGCUAUAGCAUUAGCGGGCAGAUUUUCUUUUCUCUUCCCCCCCUUCCCCGUUGUAACGUGUGCUCAACCAGGUGCGCCGCCACUCAGCCCCUGCCCCCCCUUUUGCCGUAGUGUUUGUGGAAAUUGUGGAAGCCACAGCCACUAGUCCUUCUGGAAAUGUCCAGCUCUGUGGGGCCAGUGAGUUGAUCCUGAACCGCUUCCACAGUUGCUGAAAGGAGUCCAUUAGGACGGUAGCUGCUAAGUAUAAAGAGAUGGAUGGAUGGACUCAAAGUGGCAGCACUGUUGGCACGCUCUGCUUCUGGGACUACAGGGUGCAGCGUUCACGGCCCUGCCACCUGGCUUCUCAGAGGUGAUUCUCAUUCCAUGUGGCAUCUGUGCCAGUGUUUGGUUGUUUUGGUUUUUUUCCAAGUCGUUGUACAUCGACAUUGUUUCCUAACUUUCAACAUUCCAUAAACAUUUGUCAGCGACAAAGAAAGGGACUGUGGAUCUUGAUUCCUUUCAUAUAAAUAACUUGUACACAUGACUUCUUGCUUCCAUUAAGAGAAGAAGCUCGUUCCCUUGUAUGGUAACUCCAAAAUGUAAGAUAGUGCACAUAUAAGGGACUGACUAUAUUUUGUAACACUCUAAUGCAUUUGUAUUUCUGUGCUGUUCUCAAGUUUACCUUUUUACUUAUAUUAAUUAAAGAUAUAGGAACUAUAUAUUUCAGUCAUGUAAGUGGGGCACAGUUGAAUAUUUCCAGGCUUUUCAUCAACGCUUCACACAGUGUGCUGCUCAGAUAUUUUUGUGUGCAAUAGAAACAUUUGAACAUUUCAGUCAGGUACUGAGCCAGAAAAGGGAACUGAAGUUUUUAGAAAGUAUUAUUGUUUUCUUGAAACAAUAAUUUAUAGGUGGAAAAACAAGAUGAAGGUUUACGUAUGUGUUUGGGGCUACUUGGCCAUUGCUUCCUGGGUUUAGGAACAGUCCAUUGAUGGGGUGGUGAGGCAUUUACUGCUUCAGGAACAGCUGGAAUGUCUGAGACUAGAGGCGUUCCACAAGCCCUUUUUAAGAAAGUGGAGCUUAGAAAACUAAGUUUAGCUGCAGUGCAUAUCAUGAGCUAAGAGAAAAGUUUCUCUUUGCUCUGUUAGCUUUAUAAUUUGGUACUAGUUAUUUGUUUCUGUUGCUAUUUGUUUAGGAAAAAUGUUAAAAUAUAAAUCACAUCUAAUCAUACUGAGCUGUAAUAAAAAUUCUGUAUCUUUAUUUUAAGGAAAAUCAGAAAUAAACUGAUCUUGUCUCACACAC